CCAGGCCAAGAGCUCCCGGCUCUCCAGGACUGUGUUCAAGUGGUCGCUUACGACGCGGGCUUUGCGGCCCUCACCUCGACGGGUAGCGUGUAUACCUGGGGAGAUGAGCGCUAUAUGCCAUGUCUCGCGCGGGAUCUGGACGAGUUCAGCCCAUCAGACAAGCCGGGCCUAGUCCAUUCCCUGCAGGAUCUGCCUACCGGUCCUAUCACAAAAAUAGCUGCUGGCGGAUAUAUCCUCGCUGCGCUGACCAAGGGAAACGACCUGUACGUCUGGGGCGGCCAUCUCGGCAAGAGGACACUACCUGUAGACCUCGUUGGCGGGCCUACUCCUAUGGACAUCGAUGACCACGACAUAGCCGACGUUGCUGUCGGGGACGCUCAUCUAAUCGUCCUGACCACACAUGGCCACGUCUUUGUCAUUGGUGAUAACAGGAACGGACAACUGGGCAUAAAGUCUCAGCGCGCAGACGUUUGGGAGGAGGUCGAGCUGGACUUGUCAGACAAAACGACACCCGUGGCGGUCGUAGCCGGGCCGAGGGGCUCUUUCAUCACUGUCGAGAGAUUGCCACAUUCAUCCGGGAUAUAA